CCCCCGUACGCCCACCUGCACCACCACGCCACUGUUGGCGCCGCUGGCAACAAGAAGAAGACAUGGAACUUCAUCCACGAGAAGAUGAGCUACGACACCUUCUUCACCAUGAAGCGGCUGAUUGAGCGCUCGCGGCGGGGCGACGAGGUGCUGCGCUGGGUGACGCAGAACCCGGGCAAGAUCUCACACAACCACUACCCCAUCGCCCUGCAGAAGAUCGGCCAGCUACUACAGGCCGGGGCUGGAGGAGGGGGCGGAGGUAACUCAGAGGCAGCCCUGGUUCCCGGAACCGGUGGAGGAGCUGAGGACGAACGCAGACAGAUCCUGGAGCACCAGGACUUCCAGAUGCUGUGCAACGCCAUUGUGAGAGACUGUGUCAAGUUUGACAACUUCAGCAUCGUCAACUGCCUGUAUGCUGUGGCUGCACUAGGCCUUCCCAGCGACUCGCAGGUGGUGCAGGUGCUGGAGGCGGAGUCACAGUCGCGGCUGGACCAGUUCAACCAGAAGGAUGUGUCCAUGGUGUUCAGCUCCAGCAUGAAGCUGCACCCCAGCAGCCAGCACCCGCUCACCGAGGCCUGCCUGGCAGGCUUGGAGAAGAACCUGGAGCGGGAGCGCCACCCGCAGACCCUCUUUCUGCUACUCUCCUACUACCGGCUCAAGUUGCACUCGCUGGAACCCACCGACACAGCGACGGCUGGGAACGUCGCCAACGUACACCCCAACCCAGAGCAGCUUCUGGCCAACAGGAAGAUCCUGCGACUGGUCAAGCACACACUGGCUAGCGUAAGUGGUGUGCGCGACCAGGAGAUGGCGCUGCUGGAUGAGAUGCUGGCUGUGUGUGCACGCGAAGCUAGCAACAAGAGCCUAGAGCUCAUCUUCAGCUCGCACCUCUUCUACCAGAACAGGCAAGAGAGGUUUGUGUGCAGCCUGGCUGAGGAACUGCCUAAAAAAGUGGACAGCAUAACCCCAUUCACCAUGGCCCUCAUUGCCAAAUACAUUGCCCGCCACCGGCUCAGAGAGACUCGACUUCUUGACACCAUCGCUGAUUUUCUGGUCAAGAAGGGCGAAUACCUGGACAGCAAGGUGAUCCAGAAGCUGGUGUUCCCCUUCAGCCGAAUGAACUACCUGCCGUCCAACGAGGUCCAGUUCUUCUCCAAGCUGGAGGUGGUGCUGGAGCUCAAGGCCCUGAGCUCCCCGCUGGCCACCGUCAAUAUCCUUAUGUCCCUAUUCCAGCUAGGCCACUUUCCCAGCCUGGUGCUGCACAGGGUCUUCUCCACCACCUUUAUCAGCAACGUCACCACGGUUGAGCUGGAGUACCGGGACUACACCGGUCCACGGCUCCAGGACACGCACAAGGUGCUCAUGUUUGACCGUGCGCUGACCGCUGACGAGGUCAACCGCAAAUACAGCUACAAGGGUCUUGUUGCUGAAGCCCUCAGACAAUUGGUUGGAGAACAUGGUUACAAGCAAGAUGAAGUCCUAGCCCCUGGGUAUUACACAGACUUCCUGCUGUGGAUUGAUGGCUUUGGCCGAGUUCUCCCUAUCCGGACGGGGUCAGGGACCUCCCUAGGUGUGGCCCCCAAAGCCCCAGAGGGAUCCGCAGCCGUGACAGCCCUCAAUUCAGACUUUCAAAAGUUCUCCCCCUUCGCCCCACUAGUGGUAGGGGGGGACCAGCGACCCGUCGAGGGGGACGAUGCAGUGAACUUUCUGCCCCACCACAUGCAGCGAGGGGCAAACCCUGCCUCGGCCCAGAGGGCGGGUCCUAAUGGCGGGGGCCCUCUGGACUACAACCCUUACUACACGCCGGCCGAUUACUACUCCAGCCUGGCCAAGGAGCACUCUUUGGAGAGCCAGGACAGCUCCACGCUCAGCAGUCCUCCCUCAGACAGCCUGGCACAGCCAGAGGCCUCCGGGGCAGGGGCAUCUGCCACAUCUGCCCCAGAUUCCCUCUUCCAAUUCUCCAUUGGAAAAAUCCUAGAGGAGGAGGGAGGGGCGGAGGUGGGGCCGGGGAGUCAGGGGCUCAACUGCGAGCUUCCUGCAUUCUAUGAGGGGGUGGCGCACCCUGAAGGGGCGGACGGGGACGUGAAGCCCACCUUGCCACUUCAACUUCACCCGGCCAAUCGAGCCAACGCAAAGAGGGUGGCGGUGGACCAGCGGCAGCUGAAGAGAGUGAUCAUGUCGGUGAAUGACAAGUGGCACUACUGUCACAACUCUGAGGUGCUAGUGGGCUCCCGGGCCAUGAGAGACCGUCACCUGCUACUCCUGGGAUAUGUCAUCCUGCAGCUGCCCUAUCAUGAGCUGGAGAAGCUGAAUGGUAUAGAGGAGGUGAAGCAGUACCUCCACAAAAAGCUCCUGGAGGUCCCCUUAUGACAACAAAAGACUUGAGUUUGUGUUUGUGUGCGCGAGUGUAUGCCAUUUUGGCUGCUUGGAAUAGGGCGGUUGUUGGUGGGAUUGGGAAAGGGGGCGUGGUUUGGGGUGGAAGAAAAACCCUGGUCAAAGUCUAAAACGGAAGAGUUUCUGGCAACUUGCUCUUGCAUUCAUCAAAAUGGUGCCAGCCUAUUUGCAACCAGUCACGUCCCCAGUUGAUGACAUGUCUAGUAUCAUGUUGUCAAUGCAAUCUUGUCAUUGUCACUUCACAACGGUUCAAAACUAAUUUUAUUGGUCGCGUACACAUAUUUUGCUAAUGUUAUCGCGAGUGUAGCAAAAUGCUUCCUAGCUUCAACAGUGCAGUAAUGCCUAUCAAUACAAAAACAAUACACGCAAAUCCAAAAAAAAGGAAUUAAGAAAUAAAGAAAUAUUAGAAUGCGCAAUGUCAGAGUCCGGAAUAAAAAAUACACUA